ACAGAGCAGACGUCCAGCAGCUGUCGGUGAGGACAGAAGAGGUUCCCCCCGAGCAGCAGGAGUGGAGCCCCAGUCUGGACCAGGACCCAGAGCCGCCACACAUUAAAGAGGAGCAGGAGGAGCUCUGGACCAGUCAGGAGGGAGAGCAGCUUCGAGGGCUGGAGGAGGCCGAUAUCACCGAGUUCCCAUUCGCUCCUGUGAAGAGUGAAGAAGAUGAUGAUGAUGAAGAGAAACCUCAGUCCUCGCAGCUUCAUCAAAGCCAAACUGAAGAGAACAGAGAUGCAGAGCUUUUGAAACCAGAAGCCGAUGGAGAGGACUGUGGAGGACCAGAACCAGCCAGGAACUUUAAUCCAGAUAAUCAUUUACAACCAGCUCCUCGUGACAAGACUUCACACUCCUCUGAACCCGAGACUGACGACAGGAAUUAUUAUUGGAUGGAGAUCAGAGAACCUCAGUCAGAUUUUAACACUCUGAAUAGUGAUGUAGUCCCUAUAAAUGAUAUGGGGUGUAAUUCUGCAGCUAAAUCAUACAGCUGCUCAGAGUGUGGUAGAAUAUUUGGCCAGAGGGGGACUCUGCAGAGACACGUGAGGCGUCACACAGGAGAGAAACCAUUUAGUUGUACAAUUUGUGGUAAAAGAUUCACACAGAGCGGACCUUUGGUGCUCCACCUCCGAGUUCAUACAGGAGAGAAGCCGUUCACCUGCUCAGUUUGUAACGGACAUUUUAGUCAGAAGGUGACUUUAGAGCAGCACAUGAGAAUCCAUACUGGAGAGAAACCAUUCAGUUGCUCUGUUUGUGGUAAAAGUUUCACACAAAAGGGACAUCUGAAAUGCCACAUGACGGUCCACACGGGGGAGAAACCGUUCAGCUGCAGUGUUUGUGAGAAACGAUUCACCAGACAGUCGCGUGUCAAAAAUCAUAAGUGUGUUGUUGACAACAGCAGCCGUCUGUAGCAGAUGUUUUGCUCUAAAGAAAGUCGUGAAUACACGAGAGUCGACGCGGGGGAGAAACCUAAAGUUGGGAUGUUGGUGGGAAAAGAUUUAAUGCCAGUCAUGUGUCAGAAGCCAUAAUUCUAAUUUGUUUGAUCUUUUUACCUUGUAGAGCAUUUAUUUAAUACACUGACAAGUGCAACAUAGAAUUUAAAUUAUUAUUUAUUAUUACUAUAAAUGUGGUGUUGAGAGGAGCAGCCAGCCUCAGAGCUGCUUGUUGAAACCCUGACGAGAAACACUUAAUUGAUGAAUUUGUGGUGAAAGAUUCACAGAAAAGACACAUUUGACAAAAGGCAAACCAUGCAGGAGAGUAACCAUUCUGUUGGAGUCACUGUGACAAAAGAUUAACUCGGCAGUCUCCGGUCAGAAGCAGUAAAUGUAGACAGCAACAGUAGAGACAGUAAACUAGACGCAUCGUGACAGUCCAACAUACAGGAGGAAACCCAAAGUCUCUAUUCAGUGUUGCAGUUUGCGUCUGCAGCAAUAUGUGCACACUGAAGCCCGGCAGGUAUUCGGGGUAAAACGUUUGAUAAUUCACGUGCACAAAUUAGUAAUUAGUAAAUAACUGUAAAUUAAUUAGUUUGUUAAAUUAGUUUUGUACCCUUGCAUUAGUUUAUUUGUGUCCAGGCUGGUGUGUGUUCGUGGUGCCGAAGGAACAUGUCUCCCAGUGCAGCAGUGCGGAUCCAACACCUGUUAGUCGAUACGUUCACUGCUGGUUUGGUUUGCACAUGGGACUGUUGACAAGAUGAAAAAUAUAAAAUAUCGCCAGCCUUCUCCUUUAGUUCCUCUGACUCAGUGGCUUAUUAUAGCAGUAGGAACCUCAGUUACAGGCUGUUGUGGCUACUCCGGUCAGUUAGGGAGAUGCACCCGGGUCGUUCGUGGCAGAUGAGCAGCUGUAUUUUAGUACAGAAAAGUCUGAAUUAAUUUCCUCAAAUUCAUAGCAUUUAGUUAUGCCAUUCAUCUUUUUACCUUGGCACUCUUUGUCAUGCAAUUUUGAUGCAACAUUGGAUUUUAUAUCAGCACAAUUUGCUUACUAUUUGCUUUGGCUGCUAGGUACAUUAGCUGCUGUGUCGAAUUUAUUUUAUUUUUUUUUGCAAUUAUGCCAUUUCUGAAAUAUGAAAUAGUCCUGGUAUAAAGUGGUGCCACUGAAAUACAGUGUUGUUUUGAUUUUGUAGGGGGGAUGAAUUACUAAUGUGUGCAGAGUUGUAGCCUUUAAACCUGCUGUGCUGUGCAGAGCUCUGCUCAAACACAGCUUCCAUUCACGUAGAGUAAUAUCGGUGCUUCGGUUCUUUCAAAUUCAGCUUGAUUCCUCCCAUGUCAGUGUCGCUUCACUCGGCUACACCACCUAACAGAGUCCUGCUGUAGUUUAUGACUGCUGAAAACCUUUGUUAUAAAUAAAAGUAACUUGUUUUGGGAAAUGGA